AUGUCAAAUCACGAAAAGCCUGAACAUCCUGAAGUUGAUGGUCAAGAACCUACUAAGAAGGUCAAGAAGAGCGAUAACGUUUUAGAAUAAUUAAAGGAAUUCACCACUAUCGUUGCUGAUACUGGCGAUUUCAAGUUGAUUUCUCAAUUCACACCUGAAGAUGCUACUACUAAUCCCUCUCUUAUUUUAAAUGCUGCUAAAUAGGCUGAAUAUCAAAAGCUUAUUGAUGAUGCUGUAGAAUGGGGUAAGAGCAACUUCAAAUAGUUCAAUGCUCCUCCUAAAUCUCGUACUUCUGCACGUAAAAGCAAAAAGAAAGAUGAAGAAGAUGAAAAGGAAGUUGAAGAAGAAAAGAACUUCGAUUUUGAAGCUCUUACUGAAGAAUAAAAGACCCAAAUCGUCUAGCUUGUUUGCGAUAAAGUUUGUGUUAACUUCGGUAUUGAAAUCUUAAAAAUAGUCCCUGGUUUGGUUUCUUCAGAGGUUGAUGCUCGUCUAUCCUUCGAUGAACAUGGCACUAUCUAAAGAGCUAAGAGAAUCGUCAAGAUGUACGAAGAUGCAGGUAUUUCUAAGGACAGAAUCUUAAUUAAGAUUGCUUCUACUUGGGAAGGUAUUAAGGCUGCUAAGGCUUUAAAGAAAGAUAAAAUUAACUGCAACUUGACUUUACUCUUCUCAUUUGCCCAAGCUGUUGCUUGUGCUGAAGCUGGAGUUUAUUUGAUUUCUCCCUUCGUAGGCCGUAUUUUAGAUUACUAUAAAUCCAAGAAUCCCACUACUGAUUACACCAAUGAAAAGGAUCCUGGCGUCAAGAGUGUUACCCAAAUUUACAAUUACUAUAAGAAACACGGAUAUAAGACCGUUGUUAUGGCUGCUUCUUUCAGAAAUACUGGUGAAAUCAUUGAACUAGCUGGUUGUGAUAAGAUGACCAUUUCUCCUGCAUUAUUAGAAGAAUUAGGUAAAGCAGAAAAGCAUGUUGAACGUAAACUCAGUCCUGAAAGUGCUGCUGAAUAGGAUAUUGAAAAGAUUACCCUUGAUGAAAAGGCCUACAGAUGGCUCCAUAACGGUGAUGCUAUGGCUGUUGAAAAGUUAAGUGAUGGUAUCAAUAAGUUUGCAGCUGAUAUAGUUAAAUUAGAAGAAAUGAUUACAGAAAAGCUUAAAAAGAAAGAUUGA